AUGAUCGAUGGAUUAACAUGGCUUAUACCUCAUCCCAACCUCUAUCCACCCUUUUUCCCUCUCCGACAUCUACCCAUCCACCCACAUCCUCUCAAUCAACUAACCAAUGUACCACUUAAACAAUCAGUGAUCGACCUCGCGACACUAUACCCGCCGGCCCUGACGCCGGCCGUCUCGACAAGCCUGCGGACCUACUACAUCACCAGCUUCGGCGACCGGUUCUUCACCGCCCCACCGGCCUGGUUCCGCGCGUACAUGUACCUCGAGGCCCUGUACCACCUGCCCGUGAGUCUGUGGUUCGUUUGGAAUAUCCCCAGAGGUCAUCCGCUGAUCGGGUUAAACCUGCUGGUCUUCGCGCUCGAAACCGCCGUCACGACAUUGACCUGCGUCGUUGACACUGCCGAGUGGGCUGCCUACUCGCGGAAACAGCGCAAUGAUAUUUACAGCCUGUACGUGCCGUAUUUGGUUCUCGCUGGAGUCAUGGGUGUCGAUGCCUUCUUCAGGGUCAAGGCACAGCUGUUGAGGGCUGCUGCUUCGGGAGUGGUGGAUGGCAAGGCGAAGCGGACUUGA